AGCUGAGGAGCUCGUGAAUGCAAUGAGUGGCAUAUUUGACCAUCGUCCAAACAAAUUAGCACUGCGGAAGGAAUUUGAGAAUCGCUUGUGGCGUAAAGACGAAUCUUUUUGCGACUACGUUUUCGAGAAGACGACUCUGGCCAAUAGAAUCACUGUCGACCCAGAGGAGCUGAUUGAUCUGAUGAUCGAUGGUAUCCCGGACACCCGAUUGCGAGAUCAAGCAAGGAUGAAUCGCUAUGAAAGGGUGGAGGAUCUCUUAGACGCAUUUAAAAAGAUCACACUUUAUGAGCAACCAAGGAGUGAUCGAGAUCAUCGAACUGUUAAGAAGCCGUCAUCUGUGAAGCCGACGGCGGGAGCGGAUGCGACUCGUCCAAAGGAGGCUCGUUGUUUUAACUGCAACGAGGUUGGCCAUGCUAAAAGGGACUGCACGAAGCCGCAGCGUGAAUGGGGUUCCUGCUAUUGCUGUGGCAGCCUGGAGCAUCAUUCGAGGAACUGUACGCAGAGUCGUCCGACGGCGAGCACUGUUCCAACGCAGGGGACAUCGAGAUCAACGGAGACUUCGACCCAUCUCAUUCAGCCAACGCGUCCUGAGUAAACCCCGUCGUAUUAUAAGUGACCGAGGAACUGGUUUUACUUCUGAAGCCUUCAAGGGAUUUUUGACUGAGCAAACCGUCGAACACGUAUUGAUAGCGACGGCGACACCUCGCGCAAAUGGACAAGUAGAACGCUUCAACCGAGUUAUCACACCAAUGUUAGCGAAAUUGUCAGAACAACCAAACCGUUGGGAAAAGGUUUUAGGCGCGGUAGAAUUUGCGUUAAAUAAUUCUGUGUGUCGUUCGGCGAGAGAAACGCCGAGUCGCCUACUGUUCGGGAUUAAUCAAUUGGGCGAAAUUAGUGAUAGUUUGCGUCUUGUGUUGGAAUCGGACGGAGAAGAUGAAAGAGAUCUGCUUGCGAUAGGUGAUAAGGCCUCCGAAAAUAUUGCGAAGUGCCAGCGGGCAAAUGAAGAAAACUAUAACCGGAAGCGUAAGCCGACGACCAGAUAUCAGAAAGGAGAUUAUGUAAUGAUUUCGAAUCGAGAUGUGACACCAAGUGUAAAUAAGAAAUUGUAACCGAAAUUCAAGGGACCUUAUGUUGUAGAGAAGGUUUUAGACAAUGACCGAUAUGUCAUUAAAGAUGUAGAGGGGUUUCAGUUAACACGCGUACCAUUUACAGGAAUUGUCGGUCCUGAUCAAAUGAAGCCUUGGAUCCGUUAUUAAAAUUAGUUUUCGAAUCGAUAUUUCGGCGAGAUGUAAUGUGCGAUCAUUAUUUUAAUAUUAUACAAUUUAUAUUUGUUACGACCUCUUGACCGAGGACGGUCAUUAUGUCAGGGCUGGCCUAACUGUAGGCAUUCGACGUUGCGAUGCUCGAAUUUGAAAUUCUAUUUAUCAGGUUUGUGUCUAUCGAUCACCUGUUUGUCGUCUUCUGUUGACAUCUAACAAGGCCACAGAGAAAAUUAUAAAUUCGCUUGCUUGUGGAGACAUACAGACAUUUGACGUUUCAGUAAUUUGGUAACAUCGGCGAAGAGCAACCGUAACGAGAAGCCCGGAAAGUGAUAAUAAAGCGAGUGACCGUUCUGACUCCAAUCCUCGACACUGUAUUCUUCAUAAUAAAGAACAACGAUUAUAAACCAA